AUGUUUAAUAAUAAUAUAAAUCAUCUAUGCAAUAAAAAAAAGGAAAUAUAUCAAGAAUUUUCAAAAAUUCAUAAAACGAAAUACAAAAUUAAUAAAAACACUCAUCUGGGAACAAGUAAUACAAAUAUCAACACCAUUCUUUAUACAGAAAAUGAAAAAUCAAAAGAAGAUGUUCCAAUAAUGACAACUAAAAAUAAUUAUAUAAAUAAUAACGAAUAUUGCAACAGUGGGGAUAUUUUUUUUAAUACUAUUUAUAAUAAUAAUGAAAAAGAUAACAUUAAUUAUAUAAAAUAUAAAAAUGUAUAUAAUAGUGGUAUAAAAUAUAAUCAUCUACAUUAUAACAAUUUAAAUUUUAAGAAAAGGAAAUUUAAUAACUGUGAAAAUUUAAACAAUAAUUUACAAAAAAUUACAAUAAACAGAAAUAUAAAAAGUAAGUUGAAUAAUAAUUCAUUGAAUAUAAAUACUAAAGAAAAUGAGAAAAUAAAAAAUUCAGAUAAAAAUGUAUAUAAUUAUUUUCAAUCAGAUAUAAUACAGAACAAAAAUUAUUCUAAUAAUUUCAUAAAUAAUAAUUCUAAUAAUUUCAUAAAUAAUACUUCUAAUAAUUUCAUAAAUGAUAAUUCUAAUAAUUUCAUAAAUAAUAAUUCUAAUCAUAAAAAUAGAAGCUCAAUAUUUAUGAAUACUUCUACAAAUAUAAAUUCAUUAAAAAAAAAUAAAAGUCUUUAUAAUAAAAAUUUUAUCUGUAAUAACGUAAAUGUAAAUUUCAAAAAUAAUAAUGAUUUUUAUCCAAUUAAUCAAGGUAUAAAUAAAAAACUUAAACUUUUUAAUUCAAUUAAAUCAGCAAAUUGUGAAAAUAAUAAUAAUUACUCUGAUAAAAAUAUAGAUAUAAAUAAAAAUGUUAAUAAAUGUAGUAAUAACGUUUUAUAUAAUAAUAAUAAUAAUAAUAAUAAUAAUACUAGUAUGAACAUUUAUAAUGAUAAUAAUAAAGAAAAAAAUAACAAUAAAAAUAAUUUAGAAUAUACAUAUUAUAAAUAUAAAAACGAUAUGAAUAAUAAUAUAAUAGAAGAUUAUUCACAAACAGAUGAAGAAAAAAAUAAUGUAAAAGAAGAGGAAAUCAAUAAUGAAGAAAAAGAAGAAAAGAAUGAAUUAUCAAAAAUAAACAUAACUCAAAAUGAUAAAUGUGAAAAAUACAAAAAAAAAAUAAAUCAAAAAAAAUACAACAUUUUAAUGGAAUCAAUAGAAUAUUUUACAAAUAGAAAAUUAAGAGAAAAAGAAGAACAAGAAGAAGAAUGUAAUUCAGAUAAAAGUGAAAUAAAUAUUGAAGAAAAUUUAAAAAAACAAAAUGACAAUAGUUGUAAUGUAUGCAAAGAAAAGGAUUAUAUAUAUAAAUGCCCAUAUUGUGAAAUUCGAUCCUGUUCAUUAAUUUGUUCAAAAAAUCAUAAAAAAAUAUUUAAUUGCAAAAAUAAAUUAAAAAAAAAUUUUAAAAUUAAAAAUGUUGGAAAAUUUAAUUUUAAUGAGUCAGUUUUAUAUAAGGAUUUUUUAUACUUGCAGAAUGUUGUAAAUAUUGUUGAAGGAAAUUAUAAAUUUAUAAAAGUUAAAGAAAAUGAAACAACUAAAAUAUGGUUAGUUUUUAAUAAAAAAUUAAAAAGUAUUUUAAAAAAGAGAGAAAUAAUUUUAUUAAAAGCACCUAUAUAUACAAAAUUACAUAAAGAAAAUAAAACAUAUAUUUUUAAAAAUGUUAUAUAUUGGAUGGUUAAAAUCACUUUUGUAAACAUCAAUAUUUUUAUAACAGAAGAUAAUGUAAACGAAAACUUUUCCUUUUUGGAACUAAUUAAUUCAAUUUGUAAAAAAAAAGAAACAUUAGAAACAAAAUUAAAUAUUUAUUUGAAGAACUUAUAUGCAAUACAUAUCUCUUUAUUUGAUAAUAUAAGAAAAGAGAAAAAAGAAGAAAAAAAAUAUUAUUCUAUUAAUCAAACUAUAUAUGAUGCAUUAUUUGGUAAAUCUUUCUAUGAAUAUCCUCAUUUUAUUUUUGAAAUUUUCUAUAAUGAUAAUAUACCUGUCAUAAAUCCUUUAUAUGAUAAUGUAAACAAAAAAAAUAAUAUAAAUAAAAAUAUAAUUAAAGAUAAUAAUGAAAAUGAAAAUGAAAAUAUAAAUAAAAAUAUAGAUCUAUGUGUAGAUGAAAAUAUAAAUAAAAACAUAAUUAAAGAUGAUAAUGAAAAUGAAAAUGAAAAUGAAAAUGAAAAUAUAAAUAAAAAUAUAGAUCUCUGUGUAAAUGAAAAUAUAAAUAAAAAUAUAGAUCUCUGUGUAAAUGAAAAUGUAAAUAAAAAUAUAGAUCUAUGUGUAGAUGAAAAUAUAAAUAAAAAUAUAAUUAAAGAUGAUAAUGAAAAUGUAAAUAAAAAUAUAGAUCCAAGUGUAAAUGUAAAUAAAUUGGACUAA